AUGAAUCAAGUUAAUGAAGAUUUUAAAGGACUUAACCAUUUUACGUCUUCUUUUCGUAUUGUUGCUUGUACUUAUGAAGGCUUUCUUUAUGGGAUUGAUACGACAUUGUUUUUCAAAGAGGAUAUGAAAAUAAAUGUACAUUUUAAUUUAAUUUGGAUGUUUGAGUCAAAUAAUGGUAGUAUUCAUUCAAUUGCUGUAGGAGGUAAAUAUCUUGUAUGCGGUGGUAUAGAUGAAGUAAUUAAGCUAUACGAUUUGAAAAAAAGAAAAGAUCUUGGAUCUCUUUAUCAUCACUCUGGAACAAUUACAGACUUGGCAUUUUCUUCAAAGACUUCUCCUAAGUUUCUUAUAUCUGUUUCCGAAGAUGGCACAAUGGCUAUUUUUCGUACUAGAGAUUGGUUACCUUUUAUUACAAUAAAAACACAUCAUGGUCGUGUGAAUUCUAUUUCUAUUCAUCCAAGUGGGAAAGCUGCACUUACUGUUGGAUCAGAUAGAAAUAUUCGCUUAUGGAAUAUGGUAACUGGGAAAAGAGCUGGGAAAUAUAGUUUAAAUGGUUCUGAGCCUUUUUGUAUUCAAUGGAAUACAUUAGGUGAUCACUAUGCUGUAUUGUUGAGCAAAGAAGUAAUGGUAUAUGAUAUGUCUGCAACACUUGUAUAUCGUUUCUCAUCAUCAGUUCAAUUUAAUUCAAUUCAUUAUACUAUAUCAGAAAAAAGUCACGAUGAAGUUCUUGUUUUGGGUACUCAGAAUGGGUAUUUACAAAUACAUGAUUUUAGUAAUGGGAGAUUAUUGGAAAGUUUUGUUGCACAUGAAAAUAGAAUUAAGGCUAUUACAUCAUGUAUAUGUCGUCCUAUUAAUUCCUCUUCUUCUUUUUUAGUUCUUGUAACUGCUUCAUCGAAUGGUUUAAUAAAAUUAUGGUUGGAAUUUCAAAAAUUUUCUUUUCUUGAAAUAGGAAAAUAUAACUGUGGGGAAAGUAGAAUAACUUGUAUAGAUGUUGUUAAUUCUUUUUUUGAAAGUUUAAAGGAAAAAACAGAAAUUGUUGAGUGGAAAAAUAGUGAUUUAUGA